AUGUCCAAGGAAAUGAACGCUUCACCCACCACCGACUAUCCUCAAGUCUUGCUGUUUGACAUUGGAGGAGUUUGCGUGCGUAAGACAGAAGCACUCGCGCCCGCACCCUGGGAGUCGGAACGAAAAAAACUGAAUCUGUCCUGAUCCCCUAGGUCGUCUCUCCCUUCCAAGCAAUCCUCGACUACGAAAAGAGUAGAAACAUCCCGCUCGGCUGGAUCAACUUCUCCAUUGCGGCAUCCAGCCCCAACGGCGCCUGGCAACGCCUCGAACGCGGCGAGAUCCUCCUCGACGAUGCCUUCUUCCGCCACUUCAAAGCCGACCUGAGCAACGAAACCCGCUGGCGCGAAUACUACGCCCGCUCCCUCGCGAGAUCCGCCUCGCGCGGUCGCCCGACAGCAAGCCAAGCGACCGAAGAGGCAGCAUACCAGGCCCCCGCCGUGCCCGACAUUGACGCCGAAUGGCUGUACUGGGAAAUGAUGAGCAUCUCCCGCGAGCCGGAUCCGCACAUGUGGCCUGCUCUCCAGAAACUGCGAGCGGCGGCGGAUCAGAGCAGGGGGAAGUUGAUCCUGGGCGCUCUGAGUAACACUUCGAUCUUUCCGCCGGGACAUGCGUUCACGGACGAGGCCACACCCGAGGGCAAGCGGAAUCGAGAGCUCAAGGACGUCUUUGAUAUUUUUGUCAGUAGUGCGCACGUCGGGAUGCGGAAGCCGGCGGAGGACAUAUACAAGUACGCGAUUACGCGAUUGCAUGAGUACGUGAAGGUGAAUGGGUUUGGGAUGGGCGUGAGGCCGCGAGACAUUACGUUUUUGGACGACAUCGGCGGGAACUUGAGAACGGCGAAGAAGUUGGGCAUGAACACGAUCAAGGUGGAGCUGGGGAGGGCGGACAAGGCAGUUGUGGAGCUCGAGAGAUUGACUGGCCUGAGUCUGAGGGAUGGGAAAGCCAGGCUUUAA